AUGGACGCCUCCUCCCUCCGCAUCUCCAAGUUCGAUGGAACUAACUUCCACGCCUGGAAGUUCAAGAUGCAGAUGGUGCUGGAGGAACGGGACCUAUGGGAGGUCGUCAGCGGUGAGAUCAAGGCGGAACAGUGCGAGACUCAGUUGGACCAAGCGACGUACAAGAGGAAGUCAAGAAAGGCGAUGGCAGUGAUCUGUCUAGCCAUGGAAGAUUCCCAGCUACCGUUGGUCCGGUCGGCAAGUGGUGCAUGCGACGCAUGGUCAAGGUUGGAAGACCACUUCGAGAAGAAGAGUCUUGCCAACAAGCUGUUCUUGCGCCGUCGCUUCUUCACGACAAUGAUGGAAGAAGGCGACGAUGUGCUCGAACACAUCAACAAGCUCAAGACGCUGGCGGAACAGCUAGAAGCGGUGGGGGCUCCAGUCUGCGAGGACGAUCUGGUGAUCACACUCCUCGGCAGCCUGAGUGACUCGUAUCAAUUCUUGAUCACAGCUUUGGAGUCGCGCUCAGACACUCUUAGCUGGGAGCUCGUGACGUCUCGACUGCUUCAUGAAGAAAUGAAGCGGAAGGAGCAAGGAAGUAAAGGUGAUGAAGCUUCGCAAGGUCAAGCGUUCAUCACAAGGGACAAUCAGCGCAAAGGGCGACCAGUGAAGAAGUCCUGGCCGUGCCACAAUUGCGGAAAGAUUGGUCACUGGAUGGCGGAGUGCCCCUCGCGCAUCCAAGAAAACACGGAGAGACACCGGCCACAGCGUGCUCAAGACAGCGGCGACCGCUAUCGAUCACAACGUGCAAACGUCGCUCAAGAAGAAGACUCGGGCGACUACCUCUUUUCGAUCGGUGAAACGACAUCUGCGAAAUCGAGCGACAUCUGGCUGGUCGACUCCGGGGCGACGCAGCACAUGACGUGCUCCAAGAAGUUCAUGCGGAACUACAAGGGGUUUGACGCUGUGGAUGUCCAUCUCGCGGAUGAUGGAAUCGUCCAAGCAAUCGGCAGUGGGGACAUUGUCAUGUCGAUGAAGACACCCCAAGGGAUGAAGAAAGGUGUGCUCACAAACGUGUGGCACAUCCCAAAGUUAUCCAGAAACCUGUUCUCGGUCGGCCGCUUCACCAAGGAUGUCGGCCCAGUGACGUUCACGAAGGAUGGGUGCUAUGGAGAAGCGAAAGGGACCAAGUGGAAAAUUGGUGCCCGUGAAGGUAAAGGACUGUUCAAGCUGCAAAUGACUCCAGUGGCGCCGGAACAAGCAAAUGCAGCCAAGUCGUCGGGAUGUCAAGGGGGCACCAAGUCGUACCUCUGGCACCUUCGGCUUGCCACAUAG